AUUAUACUAAUAUUCAACUGUACUGAACUGAGAGAGAGAGAUCAGACAAUUAUACUAAUAUUCAACUGUACUAAGAGAGAGUUUGGUUCGUCUGGUCGAAGCUCCAAAUUAGUGAUCAUAUUCAGUAUGAAGAAGGUAAAGGAGAAAAUGGAGAAGACGCAGUCCACGAGACAGCUGAAGGCUAUGCUCCGCAAGAACUGGCUUCUCAAAAUUCGGCACCCUUUCGUCACUUGUGCAGAGAUUUUGCUUCCAACUGUUGUUAUGCUGUUGCUUAUAGCUGUAAGGCUUAGAGUUGAUACACGAGUACAUCCUCCGGAAGCAUAUAUCAGAAAAGACAUGCUUGUGGAAGUGGGAAAGAGUGAAAAGUCUGCACCUUUCGAACAAAUUUUGCAAUUGUUAUGUGCCAAGGGUGAGUAUCUGGCGUUCGCACCUGAUACAAAUGAGACGAAGAUGAUGAUUAACUUACUGUCUGUAAAAUUUCCUUUGCUUAAGAUGGCUGCCAAAGUUUUUCAUGAUGAAGAAGAGCUUGACGCAUACAUACACUCAGAUGCUUAUGGUGCUUACGAUAAAGUGAAGAAUUGCACUAACCCAAGAAUAAAAGGAGCAAUUGUGUUUCAUUCUCAAGGGCCUCGAUUGUUUGACUAUAGUAUACGCUUGAAUCACACAUGGGCAUUUUCAGGAUUUCCUGAUGUUAAAUCCAUCAUGGACGUUAAUGGCCCUUUUCUUAAUGACUUGGAAUUAGGUGUGAACAUAAUACCAAUAAUGCAGUACAGCUUCAGUGGAUUUUUAACUCUUCAACAAGUAAUGGAUUCGUUCAUUAUAUUUGCCUCACAACAACAAAUGACAAAUUCAGACACCACAGAACUACAAUCACUAUCUUGGAUGCAGUUUAGCCCGUCUAACAUAAGACUUGCUCCGUUUCCAACUCGUGAAUACACAGAUGAUGAGUUCCAGUCAAUCGUGAAAAGCGUCAUGGGGGUUUUGUACUUGCUGGGAUUUCUCUAUCCAAUCUCUCGGUUAAUUAGUUACUCUGUUCUUGAAAAGGAACUGAAGAUCAAGGAAGGUCUCUACAUGAUGGGCCUUAGAGACAAUAUAUUCCAUCUCUCGUGGUUUUUGACAUACGCGUUGCAGUUUGCCAUUUCCUCUUUAAUUAUCACUCUUUGCACGAUGGGGACCCUUUUUAAGUACAGUGACAAGACUCUGGUGUUUGUGUACUUCUUCUGUUUUGGGCUGAGCUCAAUAACGCUAUCAUUUCUGAUCUCUACAUUCUUCACACGGGCGAAAACUGCAGUUGCUGUUGGGACACUUGCUUUCCUUGCAGCAUUUUUCCCUUAUUACUCUGUAGAUGAAGAGACUGUUUCGACGUUGUUUAAGGUCUUAGCAUCUCUUCUUUCACCCACGGCAUUUGCUUUGGGCUCAAUUAACUUCGCUGACUAUGAACGGGCUCAUGUUGGACUCCGAUGGAGCAACAUCUGGCGGGAUUCCUCUGGGGUUUGCUUUUUGAUCUGUCUUCUGAUGAUUUUGCUCGACACUUUCUUAUACGGUGCUAUUGGUCUCUACCUAGAUAAGGUCCUUAAUAAGGAAAACGGGGUAGGCUUCACUUGGAGUAUUGCGUCGUUUAAGAAAUUUUUGAAGAAGAAGAAAAAUACAAAUGAACAGUUCUCUUCCAGUUCACUUGUGAAGUUAAUUGAUAGUGAGUAUGAAGAAAAUCCUCGUCUUUCUGAAAGAGGGUCUUAUAAGCCAGCUGUUGAAGCCAUAAGUUUUGAAAUGAAGCAACAAGAACUCGAUGGACGGUGUAUUCAGAUUAGAAAUCUGCACAAGGUGUAUGCUUCUAAGAAGGCUAGGUGCUGUGCAGUCGAUUCUUUACAGCUGACUCUGUAUGAAAAUCAAAUUCUCGCACUUCUGGGACAUAAUGGGGCUGGUAAAAGCACAACAAUGUCUAUGCUUGUCGGUCUUGUUCGUCCGACCUCUGGAGAUGCUGUAGUUUUUGGAAAGAACAUCUUAACGGACAUGCAUGAAAUACGGCAAAGUUUGGGCGUUUGUCCGCAGUAUGACAUUCUUUUUCCCGAAUUAACAGUGAAGGAGCAUUUAGAAAUAUUUGCUAACAUAAAGGGAGUGAAUGAAGAUUGCUUGGAGAAUGCUGUGAUUGAAAUGGCUGAAGAAGUGGGUUUGGCAGACAAGCUCAAUUCUCUUGUAGGGGCACUUUCUGGAGGUAUGAAGAGAAAGUUAUCCCUUGGAAUUGCACUAAUAGGAAACAGCAAGUUGAUAAAAAGAAUAAGAAAGGGAAGGAUAAUAUUACUUACUACACACUCCAUGGAUGAGGCUGAUGCACUUGGAGAUCGUAUAGCUAUCAUGGCUAAUGGUUCUCUUAAAUGUUGUGGAAGUUCGUUUUUCUUAAAGCAGCAGUAUGGUGUUGGUUAUACUCUUACUCUCGUGAAGCGUACACCAACUGCAUCUGUGGCAGCUGAUAUUGUUUACAGUCACAUCCCAUCGGCAACAUGCGUGAGUGAGGUUGGUAAUGAAAUAUCGUUCAAGCUUCCGCUUGCAUCCUCUUCAGCCUUCGAGAAAAUGUUUCGAGAAAUAGAGAGUUGCAUGCAAAGAUCAAAACCGAGCUUUGAGAUUCAGGACCAUACUAACUUUGGCAUUGAGAGUUACGGUAUUUCCAUCACAACUCUGGAGGAAGUUUUCCUUAAAGUUUCGGGGGGUGAUUUUGAUGAAGAAGAUGAGAUUCCUGUUGACAACGAGAGGCCUGUAAUAAUAACACCUAAUUCAGAUGACAACCUACCUAACCAAAAUAAUGCUUCUGGAAGAUUCUUUCAUUCAAAAAUAUGUAAAAACUAUAUAGAGCUCGUUCGUUUUGUAUUCAACGCGAUGGCGAAAGCUGGUGGUCUGUUUUUGGAAGCCACACUACGCAUAAUACAGUUCCUGAGCAUGCAGUGGUGUUGUUGUUCUUGUAUAUUUGCAAGCUCGACUUUUUGGAGACACUCGAAAGCUUUACUGAUAAAGAGAGCAGUUUCGGCUCGACGAGAUCGGAAGACGAUUGUUUUUCAGCUUGUGAUUCCUGUCGUGUUCUUGCUUUUGGGUCUUCUUAUGAUUCAACUUAAGCCACAUCCUGAUCAAGAAUCAGUGACCUUCACAACCUCACACUUCAAUCCUCUGUUGACCGGUGGAGGUGGUGGGGGCCCCAUCCCAUUCGAUUUGUCAUUGCCCAUUGCAAAAGAGGUUUCAGAGCAUGUGCAUGGAGGCUGGAUUCAGAGAUUUAGAGAAACUACAUAUGAGUUCCCUGAUUCCAAGAAGGCAUUAAGUGAUGCUAUUGAAGCUGCUGGGCCAACUUUGGGCCCCACUUUACUUUCGAUGAGUCAAUAUCUCAUGUCUAGCUACAACGAAUCUUAUCAGUCGAGGUAUGGAGCCGUUGUUAUGGAUAAACAGGGCAAAGAUGGGAGUCUCGGUUAUACUAUUCUUCACAACAGUUCAUGUCAGCAUGCUGCCCCUACUUUUAUUAAUUUGAUGAAUUCAGCAAUACUCAGGCUCGCUACUCGUAAUGAGAAUAUGACGAUUCUAACGCGUAAUCACCCAUUGCCAAUGACCAAGACUCAGCUCCAGCAACGUCAUGAUCUGGAUGCCUUUAAAGUUGCUGUUGUUGUUACAAUUGCAUUCUCGUUCAUACCUGCUUCAUUCGCUGUGGCUAUUGUGAAGCAAAUCUUGAUGCAGGAAUGUGAAGUAAAAGCUAAGCAUCAACAACUUAUAAGUGGGGUUUCCAUUGUGUCAUAUUGGGCUUCAACAUACAUUUGGGACUUCAUCAGCUUCUUAUUUUCUACAUCUUUUGCAAUUGUCCUCUUUUUCAUAUUUGGCCUGGAUCAAUUCAUUGGGAGAGAUUCUUUUUUCUCAACUGUCCUCAUGUUUUUGGGAUAUGGAUUAUCAAUAGCAUCAUCUACUUAUUGCCUCACAUUUUUCUUUUCUGAACAUAGCAUGGCACAGAAUGUUGUCCUCUUAAUCCACUUUUUCACCGGGCUAAUUCUUAUGGUUAUAUCCUUCAUAAUGGGACUUCUCGAGUCAACAAGAAAAGCCAAUUCUCUUCUGAAGAACUUUUUCAGGUUAUCACCUGGAUUUUGCUUUGCCGAUGGAUUAGCUUCAUUAGCUCUUUUGCGACAGGGGAUGAAAAAGGGAUCGGGUGAUAGUGUUUUUGAUUGGAAUGUCACUGGUGCCUCUAUCUGUUAUCUGGCAGCUGAGGGCAUGAUCUACUUUCUCGUGACACUUGCUUUAGAAUUUCUUCUGCCGUACAAGAUAAAUUUUGCGAGGUUUUUCAAAUUCUUGACGAGUGAAAGUAAAAAACUUUGCCACCCACUUUCCAGUAGCUCUUUAGAGCCUCUUGUUAGUACAUCCUCUCGAAAUGCCGAUCUUGAAGAGGAUAUUGACGUGCAAGCGGAAAGAAACCGAGUAAUAUCAGGUGGAGUUGGCAGUGCAAUUUUGUACCUGAAUAAUCUUCGAAAGGUUUUUCCAGGUGGGAAGCAAAUUGGUUCCAAAGUUGCGGUUCAAUCGCUGACUUUCUCGGUUCAAGAAGGAGAAUGCUUCGGUUUUCUUGGAACAAAUGGAGCGGGAAAAACGACUACUCUAUCAAUGCUGUCUGGAGAAGAGCGCCCAAGUGAUGGAACUGCAUACAUUUUUGGUAAAGACAUCAAAUCGAACCCAAAGGCUGCUCGUCAGCAUAUUGGGUAUUGCCCUCAAUUUGAUGCCUUACUCGAAUACCUCACUGUUCGGGAACAUCUUGAGCUCUAUGCUAGAAUUAAAGGAGUCCAAGAAUAUCAGCUUGAACAUGUUGUCAUGGAAAAGCUAGUCGAGUUUGACUUGUUGAAACACGCUAAUAAACCAUCUUACGCACUAAGUGGGGGCAAUAAGCGUAAAUUAUCCGUUGCCAUUGCAAUGAUUGGUGAUCCUCCACUUGUCAUUCUUGACGAGCCAUCCACUGGAAUGGAUCCUAUUGCAAAAAGAUUCAUGUGGGAAGUAAUAUCACGUUUAUCUACCCGAAGAGGAAAAACGGCUGUUAUUCUAACAACCCACAGCAUGAACGAAGCUCAGGCCCUCUGCACCAGGAUUGGGAUAAUGGUUGGAGGAAAGCUAAGAUGCAUCGGAAGUCCUCAGCAUCUGAAAAACAGAUUCGGCAACCAUCUUGAGCUAGAAGUCAAGCCUAAUGAAGUAAGCUUGUUGGAUUUAGAAGCAAUGUGUGAGACUAUCCAGGAGAGAUUCUUCGAGAUUCCUCGUCAACCGCGAAGCAUUCUAAAUGACCUGGAAAUUUGCAUAGGUGGCAGCACAUUAGCCGAAAAAGCGGUGGAGAUUAACUUGUCGAGCGAUAUUCUUUUUACGAUUGGGCGGUGGCUCGGCAGUGAAGAAAGAGUGGAGAAUCUUUUAUCCUCGAAAACCGAUACCUGUGGGGCAUUUGGCGACAAGCUUUCAGAGCAGCUAAUUCGAGAUGGUGGUAUUCAGUUGCCAGUAUUUGCAGAAUGGUGGUUAACCGAAGAAAAAUUUGCAGCAAUUCAUUCGUUUAUUCAAUCUUCUUUUCCCGGCGCUACAUAUCAAGGCUGUGAUGGGUUGAGCGUUAAAUAUCAGCUGCCAUACAGUGAAGACCUUUCACUUGCUGAUGUUUUUGGGCACAUGGAAAGGAACAGGAAUGCACUUGGUAUAUCCGAGUAUAGCAUCGGCCAAUCUACUCUCGAGACCAUAUUCAACCAUUUCGCGACUUGUUCAUGACAUAAAAGAGAUGAAGGCCGACAAAUUUUCCGUAAGUUUUUGGAUCCUCGAUAAUCGGUACUUAGUAAAUAUAUGUAUAUGCACAAAAUACUAAAUACUUUGGAUCCACAAACACUACUGAAGACAUUAUGAAUGAAAUUCUGCUCUAUAGUAGUACAUCGUUAUUUGUGUGUCUCAAUUGAAAUGGUUUUUUGGCUUGAAUAGUUGAAUGUGAUGAAGUUAAACUUCAUAUUUUGUACCCAAUUUAUGGUAUCUUUAUCAACCAUUUUAUGUACCUUUAUCACUAAAUCAACUUUACUUCAAUUUCAUUAUAUGGAUUCUAGUAGUGAAGAUAUU